AUUCAAAAAUUGUUUCGAAUGUUUCUUUUGUAAUUUAGAACAAAUAAUUUAAACGGAGGGGCGGUAUUUUAGGCGUACGUUGUUAAGUUUCAUUGACAAUGUUUGACCCAAGUGAGCGGAAAUAUGAGAUAGAAAGCAAAUUAGAAAAGGAGCUGGACAACCUGAACCUGCUGCGGGAGCGCACGGACCGGAGCAGCCGCCUCACCAGGGGCAUGGUGGGGAUCCUGUCGUCCUUCGAGCUCCGCCUGGCGCGGCUGGAGGAGACCAUCCUGCCCGUGUACAACGAGACCGAGAACCUGCAGCGGCGCCAGGAGAACAUCGAGAACGCGCUGGCGGCGCUGGACCACGUGAUCGGCUUCUACGGCGUGAGCCAGGAGGUGGAGCCGGUGAUCCACGCGGGGCCGGGCGGGGCCGGCCUGGACGUCUUCCUGGCGGCCAUGGGGCGCCUGCAGGCUGCCCAGGAGUACUUCCUCAGGAACAUCCCGCAGAGCGUGGAGCUAGAGAACGUGACGACGCUGUUCAACUCCGGGGGCGACGCCCUGAACCGAGAGUUCAAGGAGCUGCUGUCGCGCCACAGCAAGCCGGUCCCGCCCAUCACGCUCCUCGACCUGGUCAGCGCGGACGACGGUGAGCGAGCACGGCCGGCAGGGGCGCCGUGCCGGAAACCUACAGUGUUUCGUGGAAGAGGGCUGCUAGCGUCAGUGGGGACACAUCACGACCUCUCGCACGGCCACGCCGGAGCGUCGAAGGGGGCGGCUGACCCCGUGGUGUUGCAGACACGCCCGGGGAGGAGGGCCCCCGCCCCGCUGCAGCACUUCCCCGACUCGGUGUCGGACCAGCUGGUGCGGCUGGCCGAGUGGCUGAUGGCGCACGGACGCGACGAGUACAUGAACGUGUACGCGCGGGUGCGCGCCACCGUGCUGCUGCGCUCGCUGCAGCACCUGCGCGAGCACCAGAAGACGGCCAGCGGGGGCAGCGCCCAGGGCGUGCCGGCCGCCAGCUCCCCCAUGGUGAGGCAGAAGUUCCAGUCCCGCCACGAGACGCCGAGUCGAAGAGCUUCCAAGAGGCCUGCAACACGUGUGAGUAUCGGGUACUCCUCACUGCUUCGCGCCAAGGUCACGUCUUGUUAUUCUCUGAAUGUUGAAUCAGUGCUGGAGAAGCGCGCCAACAGGAUGCUGCUGAAGGCGACGCAGACCUUGGAGCAGUCGACGGGGCUGACGCUGGGGCCGCGCCGCUCCGCGCUGCACCUGGAGGGGCGGGAGGACGGGGUGGACGAGCAGGAGACGGACAACUACCUGGAGAGCGUGGCGCUGCAGCGCCUCAUGCAGGCGGAGCGGCUGCUCAUGGUGGGCAUCGUGCCGCUGCAGCACCAGCACCAGGUGUUCCAGAUCGUGGUGCGCGACGCCGUGGACUCCGUCGUGCAGGACGGCGAGUCAGUCACCCGCCUGGAGGACCUCCGUCACAACGUCCCGGCAGAGUAUGCUGACGCCAUCAGUCGGGCCCUCGAGUCCCGACCUCAGGUAUUUGCGGCGGCGGACCAGUUAAGGUGCACGACGAUGACAGAGCACAGUAUCCCUAUGGUACCGCACCGCCCGCCGUUUGAGAGGGUGCAUGGGUUCGGGCCCCGGGAGCGCGAGGCGAUUCAGUCCCAGGUGGACGAGAUGCUGCGCGACGGGGUCAUCGAGCCCAGCACCUCCCCAUACAACUCGAGGGUGGUGCUGGCCACUAAGAAGGUUGGGAGUUUAUGCUUCUGCGUAAACUUUAAGGCCGUUAACAGACUGACGAUCCCCGCUCCCCCCCCACCCACGCAGAUCAACAUCACUGACGCCUUGGCAGGGCUGGGAGACGCAAAAAUUUUCACGACGCUGGACCUGAAGUCGGGCUACUGGCAGGUGCCGACGGUCGGCGGGUACCAGUUCUGUGCCAUGCUGUUCGGGCUCAUGGACGCCGCGGCCACGUUCCAGUCUAUGAUGGUGCGCGUCCUGGACGGGCUGGCCAGACACGGACUGACUUGUGCCCCGAACAAGUGUCACAUCGGGGCUGAGGAGAUCGUGUUCCUGGGGCACCUGGUGACGGCGGAGGGGUGCCGUCCGCGUCCUGCCCAGCUGGAACUCAUCGAGGAGAAGCAGGCGCCGAAGACCAGGAAGCAGCUCCAAAAGCUUAUGGGACUGCUGAACUGGCUGCGGUCUUUUGUGCCUGACUUCGCGACGAUCACGGCCCCGAUGACUGACCUGUUGUCGCCGAAGGCCAAGUUCCGGUGGACGCCCGCCGCGGACAACGCCCUGCGCCAGGUCAAAUACCGUUUCCGGAACUGUCACACGCUGUCGCGACUGAAACCUGACCAACCCAUCUUCGUCCAGACGGAUGCCAGUCAGGAGGGGAUGGGUGCGAUGCUGUACCAGGUGGACGGCGACGGUGUCCGGCGUGUGAUUGAGUACGCCAGUGCGAAGUUUGGGCCGGCUGAGAGGUACCACGUGAACGAGCAGUAG